GCGAAGAGAGGAGGGAAGCGCCGCGCACCUCCGCCAGCGCGGCCGCCCCGGCCCUGCCCGCCGCGGCGAGCGGGCACCGCGGGGCCGAAGAGAAGAUGCCGGGGGGAGCCAGCCCCCCCUCCCCCCUUUCACUCGUAGCCGCAGAGGGAGCGAGGGAGAGGAAGUUGCCCCAAACCAGGCGGCAAGAUCCCGGGUUUAGAAGACCGCGAGCCGGUUCCCCGCGUGCUGCUAUCAUUAAUUCAGGUGCGGAGACCAGGGUUCCGGGGGAGAAGGACGAGAUGGAUUUCGGCAGCAAACGCUGCCCCGCCGCAGCCCAGGGGCAGCCGCCAUCCGGGGCAGAUGAUCCCUUCAAAAGCCACCUAAACAGCCUGACUGCUUCAGCUGAAGUAAAAGGAAAAACUGAGUUCAAUUCUGCAUACUUUUUGUUGACCCUCAAGGAGUCGUCAUCAACUCUGGUAAAUAAGAACAACCUGUAGUAUGUACAAGCUCUUGCUAGGAUGACUGUGGUUUGGAACCGGGGAGCUAGCCAUCCUCUCCCUUCUGAGCCAAGUAGAUUUUGGCACAGGAGGAAAGCUAAACCUUUGCCUUCAACCAACCUUCUUACAGAAAUGCUGCACAAGCAAGGCGUGAGAAAAGACCACUGUAAUGGCUGAAUUCCUCAUAUUGGCUGUGCCUACUUUCUAGUAGCACAGGUGUACUCUUAACUUGGUCAACCCUACUCUCAAUGUGGGAGUGAUUAGACUGCACUACUGCUCUGCUCUGUGAGUGCGCCCAGCCUGCAGAAAUGACCUAGACUGCAAACCAAGAGAACGAAGGAGAGCAGCACACUGCUUCGCCAUUACAACGCGGUGGGGAAAUCUGAGGACAGUCUGCAGGGCUCCUAAGGCCGGUAUUUAAAUUGGAGUAAGAGCAAAACGGGUUGGGAUGGUGGGUCAGCCCAAGUGCAUACAGAACUGGAAACAUUCAGAUGUAGUAUCAGAAACAGAAGCAGGCAGUAGAAAACAUAGCACAGACGUUUCAAAGGGAAACAAGGGCAAAUGGGAGAAUACUGAAUAAAUAAAUGUGAAAUGGUUAAAAAAGACGGGAAAUUAAAAGGGGGGGGGGGAGGAUUUAAAGGCUAA